AUGGGGAGCAGGGACAUGGACUCCACUCAACUUCUUUCUUGUUUCUCUCCAGAGGAAAACAACCCCUGUCAGGCCUUCAUUUGCAACUGUGACCGCCAGGCUGCCAUCUGCUUCUUCAAUACUCCAUACAACAAGCAGUACAAACGAGAUAACUUGAACAGCUGCCCAGUCCUCUGCCCUUCCACCUCCACCCAGAGCUUCCUGCACAGGGCUAGUGCACACAGCAUCAGCCCUCGGGCUGUGUGGCAGUUCAGCAAUGCGUUUGACUGCACCUAUACUUGGAUUGAUGACUUGUCAGAGUACAACUGCUAUGGCUGCUACUGUGCCUUUUUUAGCUGGAACAAUGAGGUGGAUGAGUUAGACAGGUGCUGCCAGACUCGUGACAACUGCUAUGCUCAAGUCAAGAAGGUGGAAAGCUGCAAAUCCCUCAUAGAUGACCGCUACGGAAGCUUCUAUACAUACUUGUGCUCUGGGAAUAAGGUCACCUGCAGUGAGGAAAACAGUGCCUGUGAGGACUUGAUCUGCAACUGUGACCGCCAGGCGGCCAUCUGCUUCUCAAAGAAGAACAAAGGCAUUCAGUGUUAGACUUGUCACCUCAGUUACGGGUACACCAUCCUUGCCUGUGUGAUUGUGUUCACUACACACUGUGCCCUCUAAUAAAGAACCCAUUGAAAGA